AUGGGGGGUUGCAUGUCCGUUGUCAAUAAAAAACUAAUCAAGAAACACAAGAACUAUGCCAAACACAUAGCCCCAAUAGAUCAUGACCAUCAAACCACUAAACACCACAAAGGAUGCAAAAAAUACCGUCGGCCGGUGCACGUGCUCCAAGAUUCAUCUGGAAGCGAUAUUUUCAGGCGAUACCGCUUCGGAAAAGAGCUUGGGAGAGGUGAGUUUGGGGUGACGUAUGCGUGUCAAGACAAGGAGAACGGGGAUAACGUGGCGUGCAAGAAGAUAUCAAAGAGUCGGUUGCGGACGGAGAUUGACAUUGAAGAUGUUAGGAGAGAGGUUGAGAUUAUGAGACAUUUGCCGAUGCACCCAAAUAUUGUGAGGUAUAAAGACGUGUUCGAGGACAAAGAGGCUAUUUAUUUGGUUAUGGAACUUUGUCAGGGUGGUGAAUUGUUUGAUAGGAUAGUCGCUAAAGGUCAUUAUACCGAAAGAGCCGCUGCUCUUGUUACCAAAACCAUUGUUGAAGUUGUCCAGGUAUGCCACAAACACGGGGUAAUACAUCGGGAUCUAAAGCCUGAAAACUUCUUGUAUGAUAACCGAGACGAAAACGCUUCUCUAAAAGCUAUCGAUUUUGGGCUUUCCAUCUUCUUUGAACCUGAUCAACGGUUCAAGGAGAUAGUAGGAAGCCCAUAUUACAUGGCUCCAGAGGUUCUUAGACGGAAUUAUGGUGCAGAAAUUGAUGUUUGGAGUGCUGGUGUCAUUUUAUACAUAUUAUUAUGUGGAGUUCCUCCUUUUUGGGCAGAAACUGAAGAAGGAAUUGCAAAGGCGAUUAUUAAGGGUGAGAUAAAUUUUCGAAGAGACCCUUGGCCUCGUGUCUCCGAUGAUGCCAAGAACCUUGUCAAGGGCAUGCUAGAACCCGAUGCAUCCAAACGCCUCACUGCCGAACAAGUCCUCGGAAGCCGGUGGAUACAAAAUGCGGACAAUGUCCCUGAUAUUCCUUUGGGAGAAAACGUUCGAGCAAAAAUCCAACAGUUUUCUCUGAUGAACAAGUUCAAAAAGAAAGUCAUCAGGCUGGUAGCGGAAAAUUUGCCCAAUGAACAGAUAGACGGGUUAAAAAAGAUGUUUCACGACAUGGAUAGAGACAAGAAUGGUGCACUCACUUUCCAAGAGCUCAAAGAUGGUCUAACCUCAAUCAGCGACCAACCCGUCGGAGAUCCCGAUAUUCAAAUGUUCAUGGAAGCGGCUGAUCUUGAUCAUAACGGGGUGCUAAACUGUGAGGAGUUUAUGACAAUUGUGGUGCAUCUAAAAAAGAUUAGUAACGAAGAACAACUUCGUAAAGCUUUCCACCAUUUUGACAAGAACCACAACGGGUACAUUGAGUUCGAUGAGUUGAAAGAAUGUUUGUUCGACGGGAACAUGGAUCCACACAACGAAAAGAUGGUCCACGAAAUCAUAGUUGAUGCCGAUCUAGAUAAGGAUGGACGGAUCAGUUACCCGGAAUUUUCAGCCAUGAUGACAACAGGAAUGGAUUGGAAAAUGGCUUCUAGACAGUAUUCAAGAGCAAUGCUUAAUGCAAUUAGCAUGAAGAUGUUUAAAGAUCAAUCUGUAUCAUCAGUAACAUGAAUGGGUUAUGUCUUCGUGUGGUAUAUAUGUGUAAUGUGAUGGAAAACAGCUUAAAACAAGGCAAACCCUUCUUCGACGAAUCCGAAACAAGGAUGCUAUUUAGGUUGUCGUGCGGUUAAAGUCUUGCCUCAAUGUGAAAAAUGCAGAAGAGACUGUAAAACAGUACCUCAAAUGCAUAUAAGCUUUUAGUUAGUUCCUCCUAUUUUAUCUCUCUUUUUUUUGUAGAUGGGUUGUUCUCACAAGUUUUUUUUAUAUAACCAGAUUUGUAGGU